UUCUCGUGUUUCCUGGUUCCGAUCGCAGCGGGACAGUGUCACUUCACCUGCCAUCUCGUCCUCGUCAUUUUCUUUUUCAUUUUUUGCGGGAAGAUCUUGCCCUCACCUAACAUGUAGUGAAGCGCCAACCAAAAAGAUCUUUGCGAUCCCCCUGGAUCGAGGAAUCGGUGAAUGGGUCCAGGUGAUCAUGCCGGCGUCCGUUCCGCGGACGGCCGGCUGGAGGCCCUGCUCUCCGGCGGCGGCGGGGCACGGCGCAUGGCGUCGGCGGCGGCGCUGGAGCUGCGGCUGCUUGCUCCGCUGGCCGCGCCGGCCGUGGUGGUGUACAUGCUGAUCAUCGUGAUGUCGUCGGCCACCCAGAUCUUCUGCGGCCAGCUCGGCAACGUGCAGCUCGCCGCCGCAUCCCUCGGCAACAACGGCAUCCAGGUGUUCGCCUACGGCCUCAUGCUCGGGAUGGGGAGCGCGGUGGAGACGCUGUGCGGGCAGGCGUACGGCGCCGAGAAGUACGAGAUGCUGGGCGUGUACCUGCAGCGCUCGACGGUGCUCCUCAUGGCCACCGGCGUGCCGCUGGCCGCCAUGUACGCCUUCUCGGAGCCCAUCCUCCUCCUGCUCGGGCAGUCGCCGGAGAUCGCCGGCGCCGCCGCGGAGUUCGCCUACGGCCUCAUCCCGCAGAUCUUCGCGUACGCGGCCAACUUCCCCAUCCAGAAGUUCCUGCAGGCGCAGAGCAUCGUGGCGCCCAGCGCCUACAUCCUGACGGCCAGCAUGGCGCUGCACGUGGCGAUGAGCUGGGUGGCGGUGUAUAGGCUGGGCCUAGGCCUGCUGGGCGCGUCGCUCACGCUGAGCCUGACGUGGUGGGUCCUGGUGGCAGGGCAGUUCGCGUACAUCGUGCUGAGCCCCAGGUGCAGGGAGACGUGGACCGGGUUCACGUGGGCCGCGUUCGCCGACCUGGCGGGGUUCGCCAAGCUGUCGGCCGCGUCGGCGGUGAUGCUGGCGCUGGAGGUGUGGUACUUCCAGGUGCUCAUCCUCCUCGCCGGCAUGCUGCCCGACCCACAGAUCGCACUCGAUUCGCUCACCGUCUGCACCUCGAUUCAGUCAUGGGUGUUCAUGAUCUCCGUGGGCUUCAACGCCGCUGCAAGCGUGAGGGUGGGUAAUGAACUUGGCGCCGGGAACCCCAGGUCUGCCGCGUUCUCUGCAUGGGUGGUCACCGCCAUGUCCGCGCUCAUAGCAGUCCUAGCCGGCGUUCUGGUCUUCCUGCUCAGGCACAAGCUCAGCUACAUCUUCACCGGCGGCGAGGCCGUCUCGCGUGCCGUCGCCGAUCUCUGUCCUUUGCUUGUCGGCACCAUUGUGCUCUGCGGAAUCCAGCCCGUGCUAUCAGGUGUUGCUGUUGGCUGUGGGUGGCAAGCAUUGGUGGCAUACAUCAACAUUGGAUGCUAUUACUUCAUCGGCGUACCCCUUGGCGCGCUCCUGGGCUUCAAGUUUGACUAUGGAAUCAAGGGAUUGUGGGGAGGCAUGAUUGGAGGCACGCUCAUCCAAACCAUUAUACUAUUGUGGAUCACAUUCCGAACUGACUGGAAUAAGGAGGUCGAGGAGGCGAGGAGAAGACUGGACAAGUGGGACGACGCAAAGCAGCCACUUCUCGCUAACGUGCAGCGAUGAUGCCCGGAGAAGAUUAACGUGUAUGCUGCUGCAAGUUCGGCAGAUUGAUCCACUCACCAACUUAUGUUCGGCAUUAUCUCAGUUUUUUUUUAGGAAAUGGCAUUAUCUCAGUUUUUUUAGGAAAUGUUGAGCAUCGUCCUUCUCAUCUCCCGCUGCUAGCUGCAAUUUUUGUUCAAUCAAGUUUACAAUGAGAUGGUUCUCCUUGAGGAUUCACGUUCUAUUCUGAACUCUCCUCGCCUAAAAUAGUCUCUCGGGGGCUUGGACUGGCCUUGAAGAACGGAAUGGAGUAAACCAGGGGCCUUGUUUGUAAUAAAGAGCAAAGUAAUCCGGUGGUA